UUGUGUGCUCGUGCCCACGUUUCUUGCCUGCUCAAGAAACCAACUACCAGCAUCUCAAGCGGCUUCGGAAGGAGUACCCUAGGUUUGGGAGAGGUUGGAGUAAGGUGGCCGAGGAAGAAGCACAGAUGUAACAUUGGUGUCCCUAACCCACAUUCUUGGCCCUCGGAAGGGUUGGGGUGUGGAUCCCGCGGAGUUGGGCCAGCAGACUGGACAAAAGAAUGGAUUUUACAGAGGCUUACUCUGACACAUGUUCCACGGUUGGACUUGCUGCCAGGGAAGGCAAUGUUAAAGUCUUAAGAAAACUACUCAAAAAGGGACGGAGUGUUGAUGUUGCUGAUAAUAGAGGAUGGAUGCCAAUUCAUGAAGCAGCUUAUCACAACUCUAUAGAAUGUUUGCGGAUGUUAAUUCAUGCAGAUUCAUCUGAAAACUACAUUAGGACAAAGACUUUUGAGGGCUUCUCUGCAUUACAUUUUGCUGCACGUCGAGGACAUUGGAAGAUUGUACAGAUUCUUUUAGAAGCUGGGGCAGAUCCUAAUGCCACUACUUUAGAGGAAACCACACCUCUCUUUUUAGCUGUUGAAAAUGGACGGAUGGAUGUGUUAAGGCUGUUGCUUCGACACGGAGCAAAUGUUAAUGGAUCCCAUUCUAUGUGUGGAUGGAAUGCCUUACACCAGGCUACUUUUCAGGAAAAUGCUGAGAUCAUAAAAUUGCUUCUUAAAAGAGGAGCAAACAAGGAAUGCCAGGAUGACUUUGGAAUCACACCUUUAUUUGUGGCUGCUCAGUAUGGCAAACUAGAAAGUUUGAGCAUACUCAUUUCAUCAGGUGCAAAUGUCAAUUGUCAAGCCUUGGACAAAGCGACUCCCUUGUUCAUUGCUGCUCAAGAGGGCCACACAGAAUGUGUGGAGCUUCUGCUGUCCAGUGGGGCAGAUCCUAAUCUCUACUGUAAUGAGGACAAUUGGCAGUUACCUAUUCAUGCAGCUGCACAAAUGGGCCAUACAGAAAUCUUGGACUUGCUAAUACCACUUACUAACCGGGUCUGUGACACUGGGCUAGACAAAGUGAGCCCUGUUUACUCAGCAGUGUUUGGAGGGCAUGAAGACUGCCUAGAAAUGUUACUCCAGCAUGGCUAUAGCCCCGAUGCCCAGAUGUGCCUUGUCUUUGGAUUUAGUUCUCCACUGUGUAUGGCUUUCCAAAAGGACUGUGAAUUCUUUGGAAUUGUGAAUAUUCUUUUGAAAUACGGAGUCCAGCUAAAUGAACUUCAUUUGGCAUACUGCCUGAAGUAUGAGAAGUUUUCAGUAUUUCGUUACUUUUUGAAGAAAGGCUGCCCACUGGCACCAUGGGACUGUAUAUCUGAAUUUAUAAAUCAUGCAAUUAAAGCACAGACAAAAUAUAAGGAGUGGUUGCCAUCUCUCCUUCUUGCUGGAUUUGACCCAUUGAAUCUUCUAUGCAGUUCUUGGAUUGACUCAGUCAGCGAUGACAUCCUUAUCUUCACUUUGGAGUUCACUAAUUGGAGGAGACUUCCUCCAGCUGUCGAAAAGAUGCUCUCUGCUCGUGCCUCACACUCCUCUUGGGCUCUACAGCAACAUGUUGCUGCUGUUCCAUCCCUGACCCACCUUUGCCGUUUGGAAAUUCGGUCCAGUCUAAAACCAGAACACCUACGAUCUGACAGUUUUAUCUGUCAGUUGCCACUUCCCAGAAGCCUACAUAAUUAUCUGCUCUAUGCAGAGGUUCUGAGGAUGAAUGAAGUUCCCGAACUGGCAGUUAUUCAAGAUGGAGAAAUCAGUGAAGCUACUUAAUACAGCUCAUGUCUUACUCUGAAAACCAGCAAGACUGAGAGCCAUGGAGUAUAAAGUCUUCACAAUUUUAUAGUCACAGAAGAUGACUUUUGUUUGAGUGGUUGGUUAGGUGUUUUUGGGGGGUGGCAUUAGUUUAAUGCAACUGGGAACUUCUUGGUAAAAAAUACUGUCAAUCCCCACUUACAUUACUUUAUUACAGUUUCAUCACCAGUACAUUUUAUGUUGUGAUAUUCAUUUACCUAGCCAUUUUUUGCUUUAUUCUGUUAAUGAACUGUGAUGCUGCUUCUGGGCGUAUUUCCACCUUUGAUUCUGUGUGUUAUCUAGGGUGCUACAAACUUAGAAUGGGACGCAUGAAACUUCACUGGGAGUGUACAUACUGUGGGGUUGAAUCUGUUAUUUUAUUUGAGGUUGAAUAUCUCUUAUGUUUAUAAAAGAAUUAUAUUUCAUUCUUAUCUCUUAAUUCAGUCACUUUUAUAAAGAAUUGAUAUUGGCUUUUCACAGGUAAACUCGAGAGAAUUAAAAAAAAAAAAAAGAACAUAGAAAAUGAAUCAUUUUGCUGUCUCCCCCCUCCCCCACUUGAUAGUCUCUUUGGCUAAAAAAGACUCUGCAAAAGCAAGAACGGACCUAACCUCAAAAAAAAAUUGGUUGGUAUUGGGAUAAAAGAGCACUUUGUCACAUUUAGAAUACUAAUCAGAAGCCUGGGAGGAGCACAAAGGUAUGUAUCCUGGUGUCACUUAGUAUCAAAUACAAAUAUUCAAGCUCCAUUCAGUCUCCAACUCAGAGGGCAACUUUGGUCCUAUGAAACAAUGAUUGCCAAUUCUAUUAAUAUUAUAGUGGUUUUCUUUAGAUAGGUUAUCAGAUAGUCCAUGAAAUUUAGACCUCAGAGUCCUAGGUUAAUGAGGCACCACCUCAUUGAUUUUGCAGUUACUCAGUCUGAAUCUAGAGUCAGAGAGGACUAAACACCGGAUCAAGUGAGCUAUGUUAGGAGACUCUGGGGACCAACCUUGAGAGAAAGGUUAUGAAAGCAUUACCGUCAUGAUAUACAACAAGAUGGAGCCCAAAGGUGGGCAAGUCUUCUGUCCUAUUGGGAUCCUGUGGCUUAAACUAGAUGGGAGUGGGUCAGCAGGUCCAUCUCUGGUAGUCCUUCGCUGUUGGAGAAAAGUAGCAAUGAAGGCCAAACAAAUGAUGGAGGCACUGUUGAUGUCCGGAGGACCAGAUGAUGGAGAUGCUGUUAAUGUCCGGAGGACCAGAUCAUGGAGGCGCUGUUAAUGUCCGGAGGACCAGAUCAUGGAGGCGCUGUUAAUGUCCGGAGGACCAGAUCAUGGAGGCGCUGUUAAUGUCCGGAGGACCAGAUGAUGGAGGUGCUGUUACUGUCCGGAGGACCAGAUGAUGGAGGCGUUGUUAAUGUCCGGAGGACCAGAUGAUGGAGACGCUGUUAAUGUCCGGAGGACCAGAUCAUGGAGGCGUUGUUAAAAGUCCACACUGGACUCAGCGCUGACUAGAGCUAUCUAUGCCUGUGGAGUGGAGAUAGAGUUUGAAUGUGGGUAUACAGGCAGAAAUAGCGUGGAUAGGGAAAACCAGGUGGAAAUUCUGAUACUUAAAUUAAUAAAAUUCCAAGAAUGUAUGUACUAUGUAGUAUUUUUGAAAUGUCCUAAUU